AUGAUACCACCAUGGGAUGCUCAGGGCUGUUGAUUUUGGGCUUUGUCAUAAAUAUGUCUCACUGCUUGGACAUGCUGGAUAUGGAGGAGGACAUGGAGAUUGACCGUAACGUCACUGGGAUUCUUGGAGAGGACAUCUUCCUCCGCUGUCAGUACCUGGGACAGAAUGACAUCACAGACGCCUCAUGGAAACGCCCAGACUACAGAAUGAAGCGAUCGAUGAAGAAAUUAACAGGCUACAAGAACAACAAGGCAUUCAGCAAAGACCCAGACUUCUCUGCCCCAGCCUCUCCCACCAAUCUGACUGUGAAGAUGAGGGUGUCUACUCUGGAGGCCCAGGGGGAGUACACAUGUGUGUUCGCCACCGAUGAUGAGGAGAUCACUAACAGCAUGCUUCUCACUGUCCUAGCUCGACCUGAUAUCCACACAGUGGUGACAGAGGACACAGACAACGCUACCCACUACCAGUCAGUCACAUGCUCAGCUACCAAUGGUAAACCUGUGGCUCUGAUUCGCUGGGAGAUCAACGGCAGCCCUCCUACUGACGACUCCUCUGUGGGGAUGAGGAACACCAGUUAUACCAAUGGCACUGCCACUGUGACCAGCAUCCUCCGCUUCCCCACCCACCUACAGGACCAGGACAUGGUGACCUGUGUUGUCCAGCACCCAACCCUGCCUGACCCCACCACACAUGUCACAGUGAGAGUGGAGACCUUCGUGGCUCCCAAUGUGACCAUUGAGACAUACCUGGUUCUAGAGGAUGGGGAGGAGUUCUGGGUGGUCACCUGUGGUGCUGCCGGAGGGCGACCCCAAGCUGACAUCACCCUGGUGCUGCCCAAUAAGGAGACUAGUUCCAUUCUACAGAAGGAGGUUGUCAUGGAUGCAGCAGACACAUGGGUCAGGUCAUACCGCUUCCCAGCUGAGCUUCAUGAAGGGGAGAACAUCACCUGCCUGUUUGACCACCCCAAGUUCCCACACAGAGAGCUACGGACCGUCACUUUGCCGGCAUUCUAUCUGUCUGCUGUUCGGCUGCUGAACCCAGGGUUGGCAGACAGCAGCAACGAGAGCCAGGCUGUAGAGUCAGUGGUGCUGGAGGAAGGACAGAGCAACACCACCAUCAGGCUAAAGGUUGUUGGGGAUGUACCACGUUACAGUAUUGUAUGCACCAAAGAACAGCAGUCUCUCCCUGAGGGUGUGGCGGUGAUUGGCAGUGCUCUAACCCUGCAGGGUCCUGUGGAGCUCUACCAUGCAGGGAUGUAUGAGUGUGAGGCCUCCUACUACAGCCACAGGGCAUCUGUACAGCUGGACAUUACCGUUAACCCACAAGUCAAGCAGCCUGUGACUGUUCCUCCCAGCAUAAGGAUUGAUGUCCAGGACAGACUGGGUGACAGGUUAAUUGAGUGCCUGGCUGCAGUCCCUGUUGCCAAUGUGUCCUGGGUUCUACCUGAGGCUCCUCCUAACAUCACCAUCCAGUCCAGCUCUGAGUGGGAGAAAGAUGUAGCACACACACUGGUGCAGUGCACUGUGGACAGUGUUGGACCUGCUGCCACCAUCUCCUGGAGUCUUGGAGACAGGGACAGUGACAGUAGUACCAGUCAGCUCAUGGAGGUGCAGGAGCAGGUGCAGGGGCAGCCUGAGCUCCAUGCCAAUGGCUCUGUGACGGUCCGUAGUGUGUUGAGGCUCCCCACUUCAAUGUUCUCUGGUCAGAAUGUCACCUGUGUGGCGGAUCACCUGGGUCUUGAGAUUCCAGAGAGAAGAGGGAUACUGCUACGUGUACUGGAUUCCCCUGUGAUGCGUGUUUUUGUUGCGAGGCAGAGGGGAUCUCCUCUGUGGCUGGCUGUGUGUGAGUACAGAGGGGACGGGCUCGGAGCACACCUCACCUGGGUUCUACCUGACAACACCACAGGCCACAUCUCCUUCCGCUCUUGGUAUGAAGGCGUGAGAGUGCUAACCAAUCUCACCUAUGAGUUCCCACUGGCCCUCCACGAGGGACAGGACCUGACCUGCCUCAUUCAAAAUCACCAUGGACUUAAGGAGCGGAGGACAGUCCAUGUCCCCAGAUACUACAUCUCAUCUGUCAGAGUGCUGAACCAAACCACUCCCCUGUACAAACCUUAUGGAGAUGAGGUUGUCAUACACCGAAUGUCCCUAAAGGAGAAUUUCCACAACCAGAGGAUCCUGCUUAAGGUCAAUGGCAAUGUACCAACUUACAGCCUUACCUGUCACAGAAAUGACGGCUCAUUGGUCCAGAUGGAUGGCGAGGCUCUGUUGUUCCAAUCAGAGGUCACAGAGCGGGAGGCGGGCCUCUACACCUGCCACGCCUCUUUCUACCACCAUCAGGCCUCAGUCCUCAUUCAAGUGGAGGUCACCAGUGAAAAUCAACAGCUCAUUAUGGUCUUCAUCGUCUGCUUCUCCUCGGCUGCAGCCAUCACGAUCCUCCUCAUCGUCACUCUGUGUGUUUUCUGCAAAAUAAAUGGAGACCGCCCAGCACCUAAGCGGGAGUCGCUGGCAGCCCUGACCUCUCUGACCCAGGACCUGUGCUCUCCAGAGCUGAGGAAGGGGAAGGCAGCAGUGACAGUACCAGGAGGAGGAGGAGGCCAGGAGUACAACCAGCUGCUCAGCUACUCUAUUGUCAUUGAUGCCAGAUCCACUGUGUAAACAACAGGUUGCAUCCCCUACUGGCACCCUAUUCCCUAUAUAGAGCACUUCUUGUGUAUAGGGAAUAGGGUUCCAUUUGAGACUGAUUUAUUUUAUUUGGUAGGUUAGAAAAAACAUACUCACAGUACAUGCAUUUAAAAAACUUGACAGGGAUAUCACAAAAGUCAGAGACUUAUUUCCAUUGUGGUCCCUAAUUCCAUGGAGUCGUAAGUUUACAUACACCUUAG